UGCUUCUUUAAAAAAAAAAAAAAUAGAAAGAAAGAAAGAAAGAAAGAAAGAAAACACAUGGCCCUAAGUGGUAGUAAAAUCCAUGGUAAUUGGCUGAAGAAUAAUGGUAAUCCUUUAUCCCUCCAGACUUGCAAAUUCUUGGGUGUUUCUAUUCCCAAUUCCAAGUCAUCAUCGUCAUCAUUAAGGCGAGAGCGUGGUCUUAGCCGCUGCCAGUUGGAAGAUGAUGCAUCAGAUGGUGAUGAGCAGUCCCCCAAACAAACACCUCCCUCCUCUGUUUCCUUGACCCUUGACGAUGUCAACCCUGUCGGUCUUGGCCGUCGUUCCCGUCAAAUUUUCGACGAGGUCUGGCGUAAGUUCUCCGGUCUCGGUCAGAUAUCUCGUACCCCUACAGAUGAUAGCCUCGAUCCCGUCCUUAUUCGGGGUCCCAUGUGUGAAUUUACCAUCCCUGGCGCUCAGGACACCACUGUGCUUGUUGUGGGUGCUACCAGCAGAAUUGGGAGGAUUGUCGUCCGUAAAUUGAUGUUGAGAGGCUACAAGGUCAAGGCUUUAGUGAGAAAAUCUGAUCAGCAAGUGAUAGAUAUGCUUCCAAGAUCAGUCUCGAUAGUGAUUGGUGAUGUGGGUGAACCUUCGACACUCAAGACUGCCAUGGAAGGUUGCAAUAAGAUCAUCUAUUGCGCCACUGCUCGUUCUGCUAUAACUGGGGAUCUAUACAGAGUGGAUUAUCAAGGAGUAUACAACAUCACCAAAGCAUUCCAGGAUUAUAACAAUAAACUGGCGCAGCUACGGGCUGGGAAAAGUAGCAAAAGCAAGCUCUUGAUUGCAAAAUUCAAAUCUGCUGAGUCUUUGGAGGGUUGGGAAGUUCGCCAGGGAAGUUACUUUCAGGAUGUCGUUGCUGCCAAGUACGAUGGGGGAAUGGAUGCUAAAUUCGAAUUCACAGAAACUGGAAAUGCUGUUUUCUCAGGAUAUGUGUUUACUAGAGGAGGUUAUGUGGAACUGUCCAAAAAACUUUCCCUUCCAUUAGGUAGCACUCUUGACAGAUAUGACGGCUUAGUUCUCUCUGUUGGUGGGAAUGGAAGAUCCUUUAUUUUAAUUCUUGAAGCUGGUCCAUCCGCAGAUACAUCUCAAAGCAAAUUGUAUUUUUCUCGAAUGAGCACAAAAGUGGGCUUCUGCAGGGUUAGAGUACCUUUUUCGUCUUUCCGUCCAGUGAAGCCAGAUGAUCCACCAUUGGACCCCUUCCUUGUGCAUACUUUAACUAUUCGUUUUGAACCAAGAAGACAGAGGCCUAUUGAAGGACCCACAGGAAUGACACAGGACCUUAGAAGCUUUAAACUUAUAAUGGAAUAUAUAAAAGCCUUGCCUACUGGCCAAGAAACAGACUUUAUAUUGGUUUCAUGUACAGGACUUGGAAUCGAACCGAGCAGAAGGGAACAGGUUCUUAAAGCCAAAAAGGCUGGAGAGGAAUCGUUAAGAAGAUCUGGCCUUGGAUACACAAUCAUUCGCCCUGGGCCACUGCAGGAAGAACCGGGUGGACAACGUGCGCUUAUCUUUGAUCAAGGGAACAGGAUUUCCCAGGGCAUCAGCUGCGCCGACGUGGCUGAUAUCUGUGUGAAGGCAUUGCAUGAUUCGACAGCCAGAAACAAAAGUUUUGAUGUAUGUUACGAAUACUUAGCUGAGCAAGGGAAAGAGCUCUAUGAACUGGUGGCCCAUUUGCCUGAUAAAGCAAAUAACUAUUUGACACCCGCUCUUUCCGUUCUAGAGAAGAACACCUGAUCAGCAUCGACGCAUUUAUAUACAUAUCUACUCCGUCUUCAUCUUCUAUUACCCUCCUCGAAUGAGGGCCUUGCAUUUGACCUUUUUCUUUUCUUUUCUUUUUCGUUCCAUGGUCUCUUCUCGUGUAAAUGCACACAUAUCGAUUUAUUUUUCGGUAAAUUGAGAAAAUGUAAAUGAAGGCUCAAAGAAAAGGUGAGGGCAUUGCAGAUAUAUCAGCCAUCAAGGGAGGGCAUUGCACCUAUAUCAGCCAAUCUCGUGUA